GCUCAACUGCCCUGCCCAAAAAUUCUUCCAUCAACCUCUAUUUAUACCCAGUUAUCCACAGUCGUACUUCACCACCAUAGCUAAAGUUAGCUACUUCCACUAUUGAAAUCUGCAACUCUAACGAGAAAAGGGCAAAAAAAAAAAUGGCUUUUUUUCAAUCUCUGUCUUCUUCUUGCAUGAUGAGUUGUGUAGUAUUAGGUUUUGUUUUGAUGUUGGGAGGGAAGUCAUCAGCCCAACUGUCUACUGAUUUUUACUCAAAAAGUUGUCCGAAGCUUUUGAGCACAGUGAGAUCUGUUGUUGAAGAUGCAGUGUCUAAAGAGAAGCGAAUGGGUGCUUCUCUUCUUCGUCUCCACUUCCAUGACUGUUUUGUCAAUGGAUGUGAUGGGUCUAUUCUCCUGGAAGACACACCUUCAUUCAGAGGGGAGCAGACUGCAGGUCCAAAUAGCAAUUCAGUGAGAGGAUUCAAUGUUAUAAAUGAUAUUAAGGCUAAAGUGGAGCAAGUUUGCCCAGGCAUCGUCUCCUGUGCUGAUAUUGUCGCUGUUGCUGCUCGCGAUUCUACUGUUAUUCUUGGAGGACCAAAUUGGAAUGUGAAACUUGGAAGAAGGGACUCAAAGACAGCCAGCUUUUCUGCUGCUAAUAGUGGUGUUCUUCCUCCUCCUUCUUCUACCCUUAGCAACCUCAUCAAUCGCUUUCAAGCUAAAGGCCUCUCUGCCAGGGACAUGGUUGCUUUGUCUGGAUCCCACACAAUUGGGCAAGCAAGAUGUACAGUUUUUAGGACUCGCAUAUACAAUGAGACCAACAUUGACAGUUCAUUUGCAAGAACAAGACAAGAGAACUGCCCAUUUCCCACAGGCUCAGGAGACAACAACUUAGCACCUUUGGAUGUCCAAACUCCUACAGCCUUUGACAACAAUUACUAUAAAAACCUCGUCAACCAAAAGGGUCUCCUCCACUCAGAUCAAGUUCUGUUUAACGGUGGAUCUGCUGAUUCUUUGGUUAUAACAUACAGCAAAAACCCAAAAGCCUUCAAUUCAGACUUUGCUGCUGCAAUGAUUAAGAUGGGUGACAUUGAUCCUCUCACUGGUUCUAAGGGUGAAAUUAGGAAGAAAUGCAGCAAGGUCAACUAGCUACUUUCUUAUGAUGUUCUACAGAGUUUUAAGUGUGAAUAUAGUUCUAUUGUGUUUGAGUUUGAUGUAUUUUGAAUAAGAAACUCUUGCAAAAGAGUUCAUGAAGAUGAUGUAAUCUUUUUUUAUGUAAGCUUUGUGAAUUUUGAAAGGGUUUAUUAAAUUUGUAAUUUUAUCUA